AUGGAAGAGAUCGGGCUCCCCCCCGUCGUCGCGGACGAGGAGCCGCUCGUGCCCGUGUCCAUUGAGACGAAGACGGACCUGUACGCCAAGUACAAGUCGCUCGAGCGGCAUCUAGAGUUCCUCGACAUCCAGGAGGGCUACAUCAAGGACGAGAUGAAGAACCUCAAGCGGGAGCUCAUCCGGGCCAAAGAAGAGGUCAAGCGGAUCCAGUCGGUCCCGCUCGUCAUUGGCCAAUUUCUCGAGAUGGUGGACGCCAACUACGGCAUCGUGGGCUCCACCGCUGGCUCCAACUACUACGUGCGCAUCCUGAGCACACUGGACCGCGAACGGCUGAAGCCCAACUCGUCGGUGGCGCUGCACCGCCACUCGCACGCGGUCGUGGACGUGCUGCCCCCCGAGUCGGACUCGAGCAUCCAGAUGAUGCAAAUGUCCGAGCGCCCGGACGUCUCGUACUCGGACAUUGGCGGCAUGGACAUCCAGAAGCAGGAGGUGCGGGAGGCCGUGGAGCUGCCGCUCACCCACUUUGACCUGUACAAGCAGAUUGGCGUGGAUCCCCCGCGUGGCGUGCUCAUGUACGGCCCACCAGGCACGGGCAAGACGAUGCUGGCCAAAGCAGUGGCGAAUGCGACCACCGCUGCGUUCAUCAGCGUCGUGGGCUCGGAGUUUGUGCAGAAGUACUUGGGCGAAGGUCCACGCAUGGUCCGUGAUGUCUUUCGUCUAGCGAAAGAGAACUCGCCUGCUAUCGUGUUUAUUGACGAAGUGGAUGCGAUUGCGACCAAGCGCUUUGACGCCCAGACCGGUGCAGAUCGAGAAGUACAGCGGAUUUUGUUGGAGUUGCUCAACCAGAUGGAUGGCUUUGACCAAGCGACGAACGUUAAGGUCAUCAUGGCUACUAACCGCGCCGACACGCUGGACCCGGCACUACUUCGUCCUGGUCGAUUGGACCGCAAGAUUGAGUUCCCGCUGCCGGAUCGACGACAAAAGCGUCUGAUCUACCAGGCUUGUACCGCAAAGAUGAAUCUCGGAGACGAGGUGGAUCUCGAGGAUUAUGUGAACCGACCGGAGAAGAUCAGCUCGGCUGACAUUGCGUCCAUCUGCCAGGAAGCAGGGUUGCAAGCGGUGCGGAAGAAUCGCUACGUUGUGCUACCCAAGGACUUCGAUAAGGGAUACAAAAAUGCCAUCAAGCAGGCGGAUACGACGUUUGAAUUCUACCACUAA